AUGACUCUGUUCAUUUCUAGACCACAGAAAACCUUCUCGUAAUAAUGGCAUUGUCUGAAGAUACUGUGCUGAGUUUGAAAGAGAAAGGAAAUCAAAUGUUUGCUGCUGGUCAGUAUGUGGAGGCGGCUGAGACAUACAGCCGUGCUCUGAAACGGUGCGAGAAAGGCGACGAGACUGCUCAGACUUUGCACAAGAAUAGAGCCGCUUGUUAUCUCAAACUGGAGAGAUACGGUGAUGCUGUUGCUGACACUACAGCAGUGCUAACCAUUGCUCCUAAUGAUAUAAAAUCUCUCUUUCGACGAAGUCAGGCAUUGGAGAAAUUGGGGAAAACUGAAGAUGCAUACAAGGACAUCAAGACUCUUCUUUAUAUCGAUCCAAAGAAUAGGGAAGGUAUUGCUGCUGGUCGAAGGCUCAUGAUUGCAUUGUCAUCAAAAGCGGAGUUGCAAUCUACAACAGAUGGCAAAGUGUCGGAAGCGAUGAAGAUACUGCUUGGCUCGGAGCAAUCUCAACAAGACAAAGUCAAGGCAGCAAAGAUGUUAGCUGUGUUGGCUCAGCAAGAAGCUGGUGCGGAGCAGAUCUUUAGAAUUGAUGGUGUAGCAAAGUUUUUGCCACAACUCAAUGGUGAUAACGCAGAAUUGGCUUUGCCACUCCUUCUAGUUCUUGCUCAUCUUUGCGAUGGCCAUCAAUCUAGAGCGUCAGCAGUAUUGAACCAAGUAACUACAGACACAUUGAGUAGUUUGUUGCGCUCAAGCAACAGUGAUGUGUCGAAACGAACAGCAUUUGUGUUGCAUCGUUCGUUAACGUCUGCAGUUUCUGAAGACAAGCGAGAGCAUAGAGGCAGCAAACAGGCCGUUGUUGUGGUGUCAGCAGCUGAUAUCAAGGACAUCUUGCAGCUAGUUUUGGACAGACUGGGUGAUCCAUGUGUUUGUGUUGAAGGAAGAGAUGGCUUGAUGGAAGUCAUAAUCAAAUCUUCAGCGGCUUCGAGUCAAGUAGCAGUCAUGUUUAUUCAACUACGAGGUGUUGAGAGAUUGCUGCAGGUUGCAGAGUGUACUCAUUAUGUUAAACAAGGCUCUGCUACGGCGCCUGAGGAUGGGGCUCGUGUUUUACCAGUUGGGCAAUCAACACGACUGCAAGUUUCAGUAGCACUGGCAAAACUGUACGAGAACUGUGGAGAUCAGAAGAACCUAUUCAAGGAAACCUGUGCAUCAUAUGUUAGUGAGGGAGUUCAGCAAGAAACUGGUGAAGCUAUGCUUGCUGUUAUGUCUGCACUUUCUGCACUUCUUCAGGGAAUUCCAGAAAUUGGAGGUAAUGUAUUUGGUAAUGCAGAAGUAUUGAGUAAGAUGAUACAGCUUGCUCAAUCUGAUGACAGCACAGCAAAGCGAGUUGCAGCUGAAGCUAUGGCUCAUGCAGCUUCAGACAAGACUCGAUGUACAGCUAUUUUGGGAGAGGGUUUUGAAGUGUUGAAAGAAUUGUACAAAUCGAAAGAUGAUGCCAUUCGUGUACGAGCCUUAGUGGGUUUGUGUAGGCUUAGUUCAAUAGGAGAAGGCAAUACCAAUGAUCGUCCAUUAGCUGAGGGGUCAACAUUGCGUCUUUAUAAGGCUGCACGAAAGUAUCUAGUAGAGGAAAAGAAAGAUGUAGAAUUACAAAAGUGGGCAGCUGAAGGAGUCGCAUUUCUUGUGAUAGACGCUGAUGUGAAGGAGGCUCUGGUUGAUGAUGAGAAAGCACUUGAAUCAUUGCUGGACUUAGCAAAGAUUGGUGAUCAGACUGUUGUGUUUGGCAUUGCCAGUAUGUUGGUUAGUCUCACCAACAGUUAUGAUAAACCACAACUAGAUCCAGAGAUGGAAGAACUUGGUAAAUACGCACAGCAGAACUUACCCACACCACAUGAGAAGGAUGCUGACGAAUAUGUCAAAAAAAGAAUAGAAAAAUUAAUGAAGGCUGGUGUAAUUGUGGCUUUAGCACACCUAGCUGGCAAUACAGAAUCAGCAGUCAGCAGGGAGAUGCUGUCUAGAGUGUUCUUGGCGCUAGUGAAUGAUCAGAAGCACAGAGGCAUGGUGAUUCAGCUGGGAGGAGCAAAGGCAUUAUUGCCGAUGGCAUUGGAAGGUACAGAGAAAGGAAAGCAUUUUGCAGCACAAGCGGUUGCUAAAAUUGCAAUAACAGCAGAUCCAAGGAUGGCAUUUCCAGGACAAAGGGUGUUGGAGACAGUACGACCAUUGGUGCAAUUACUAAAAUCAGAGCAUGGUUUGCAGCAGUUUGAGGCUUUGAUGGCGCUCACAAACUUGUCAUCAUUGGAUGCCGAUGUUAGAAAUCGUAUUGUGAAAGAGAAAGGUAUACAGUACAUUGAAUCGCUGCAGUUUGAAGAUCACGAACUGCUGCGUCGUGCAGCGACCGAAUGUAUGUGCAAUAUGGUAAUGAACGAAGAGGUGUUUGAAAUGUAUGUCAAAGACUCACCAACAGAAAGAGUGAAGCUCAUGACGUUGUUUGCUGGCGAGGAGGAUUUUGAAUUAGCUCGGGCCGCGUCUGGAGCAUUAGCCAUGCUCACAACUAAUAAGCGAAUUUGUGAGAAAAUGAUGGAGGUACGGCCUUGUCUUGAAGUUUUGCAGCAGUUGUUGUGCUCGGACAAGAACGAGCUACAGUACAGGGGUGUUUACAUAGUGUACAACAUGAUCAAUAACAGCAAAGAAAUUGCUGAAAAGCUGAUAGAAAACAAUGGAUUGGAAAUCUUGAUGGCUCUGUCCCAGGAAUCGGUUGUUUCUGAUGAGACAAAGUUGUGGACGGGCAAGACUCUAGACCGGCUAGUAGACUGGGGUCUUAUUCAACCAGCACAGUCUAGUAGUACAUCAUAGGAGCAAAUAGCCAAUGAGUCAGAUUACUGUCUUAGGAUUUUAGUUUAUAACUUAGCAGUGACUAAAAGGGUAAUGAAAUGCAGUCAGUGUGUCACCAGGUAACGGUGAGGCCACAGACAAUUUGGGUCUGGCAGGUAUCCUUAGGCUUCAAUACUGCCUAUGUGAAAAUCAUUUGUAUUUUGUACUUUCCUAAGAUUUCAUUUGUUGGCAAUGCUUUUGCUUAGGGAACAUGUCAUA